GGCUGGGAGUCACCCUCGGUCUGUUUGCAAUAGAGCUGACUGGUUUCUUUUCAGGAGUGUCCAUGUUUAACUCCAGCCAAAGCCUUCUUUGUAUCCUUUACUCUGAUAGUUGGCUCUGCUUUUAUCUUCAUUUUAGUCAUACAACUCAUACUCAUAAGUAAAUAUAUUUCUGGAUUAAAGUGUCUUCUGUUAGUUGCUCUCUAUUUUUUCAACAACCCUCAACCUGCCACAGCUUGUGAUCAUUAGUGACCAUUUGUUUCUUGUGGACACCUUUUGUACAUUUUCUGUCCAGUAAAAUGUCAUCAAGCCAAUGACAGGCAUCAUUGGCUCGAUGCCUGUCAAAAUGUGGGGUUAAUCUAGAACCAUCAGGGAUACAAUAAAGUAAAGCAUCUCCUUAGAAAUAAAGCACAACAAAUACAGCAUUAAACAUUUUUCAAAGUAAUUUUAUUAACGGGUUAAGAUCCAUGACUAUCAUCUUGCUUAUGUUUGACAUUUUGUCUACAAUAGCAACAGGAGUCCAUGCCAGUGCCUCGGUGGCUCUACUUUUCUUUCUAUUUGAACAGUGGGAUUGUAACAUCUACUGGUGGAUCCUUGCCAUUUGCAGCGGUGAACACAGGCACUUCUCUGGUGCUCUCCAGUCUGCUCUCAGUGCUGGUUUUUGCCGGGAUGCAGAUGUUCAGUAAACAGCUGGGAUCCACAGAGUGGCUCACCAUCCUGGGAGGGUUCCUGGGCUCUGUCCUUUUCAUCUGCUCCCUCACUGCAUUCAACAAUCUAGAAAACCUGAUGUUUGGGAAAGGAUUCCAAGCCAAGAUUUUCCCAGAGAUUCUUCUGUGCCUGUUUCUCUCACUGUUUGCCUCUGGUUUAGUGCAUCGGGUCUGCGUCACCACCUGCUUGAUAUUCUCCCUGUUUGCCUUGUAUUACAUCAACAAGAUAUCUGCCGCCCUUUACCAAGCAGCCGUUCCUGUUGUAACACCGGCCAAGUCUGCCAGCAAGAGCAAAAGGAAGAACUAAUGAAUCUCAAGAAAGAAGCCAAUUAAUAUAAGUAGAUUAGGUGCUGAUGUAUACUUUUGCAGAUUUAAAUUGGGAAAAUAAUUCCAAGAAAUAAUUCUCUGUCGGUUCUUUUGGAAUGGCCCAGUUUUUCUCACACAUAUUGAAAGUGCCCCAAGGUCAAACGAAAGGCCAGAGAGUAAAACUUAAAGCAGCUCUCUACAUUCCAUUCAUCUGCUUUUUCCAGGUGCUGGCGGCUAUGAAGAGAUUAACACAGCCCGUCAGGUUUUCUGUUCACUUCUCAGCACCUCCAGCUGCUGUUUUGUCAUAUUUUGUAAUUAAACAUUGUGGAAAAUGA